GCAGACAGAGUUGUGGAGAGCUGGUGAAAAGAGGGCUGGGCUUGGCAGGGGAGACACUGCCAUUCCAGCAGCUCUCCCCAGCAGCAUCCCAGGACACAGGGGUGUGGGAAGGGCCCUGGCCAAGGGCAGGGGGACACCCGCUUCCUCUCCUCUUCCCCCCAGUUCUUGUGAGCAUCCCUGAAGCUCAUUGAGGAUGAGACCUGGAGCGUGGGCCUGAGCCAGCAGCUGAGCCGGCAGCUGGGCAGCUCUGCCCCCGGCUCCUGGCAGAAGGUUUGUCUCCUGCCCCACACCGGGACUCUGCCCACGCAGGCAGUUUUCACUGCUUCACCCCCAAACUGCGCUUCCCCCCGUGCUGCCCCGGCCUGGCACUGCGGGCAGUCCCGCCUGCUCCUGGGGGAGUCGGGUCAGUCUGGGGCCAGCCCUCUCCUGACAGGUCGGGCUGUGACCGCAUCUCGGGCUCAGCCUCUUCUCGUUCAGCUUUUCCUCUACAAGGCUCUCGGGACAGCGCUGGCAGGUUGUCGGGACCUCAGCCACGUCCAAGGGCAGGUGCUGAGGUUCCUCCAGGACACAGACUCUGCGGAGCUCUCUGAGACCCAGGGGAUGAUUUCUGUGGUGUCCCAUGCUGCUGAGACCCACUUCAACCUGGUCUUGGACACAGUGACCGCUUUUACCAGAGACAGGUUUUAUGAGACUUCCACGGGCUGGAAGGCACAGCUGCCGCAGGGCACAGAGAGACCUCAGGCCACUCGUGCUGCUCUGAUGUGCGUGUACAGCGGCAUCGCUCUGCGUGCCCCCAGGGAGCAGCUGCUCGCCCGUGUGGAUAGGGAGAUCAUGGGCACCAUCCUGCAGCUCUCCAGAGUCACACAGAGGGAGAUGCAGCUCAAGCUCGCCCUGGUGCAGAGUGUCACUGAGGUCAGCUCUGCCAUCCAGACUGUGGGUGAUGCUGGCAGCUUUGAGCUGUCCUCGAAGCAGGAGGUGACACAGACCCUGCUGGACUGGAUCAAGGAGGAGCCUGCGGACUCCCUGGUGUAUGGAGUGUUUCAGGCCCUGGAGGAGUUGAGGUGAGGGCUGUUCCCGACUCUGGGGACUCCCCGUGUGCCCCAUCCCAGCUGGCCAGGGCAGCCCCAGUGGUGUUGAGCUGCUGGGGCUGUGGAGUGGGAGGCUGCUCCCCACUUUGGGUGUCUCCUGAGCCCCAGGGGUUCCUUACCCUGGGCUGGGGGUUUGCUGCUGCCCGGGGGGAGGCAGGAGCUGCUGGAGCUGAGGGCAGCGCUUGCUGGCAGGGGCUGGGGCUGGUGGG